AUGGCUGCCAAUACCGAAAAAGAUGCUUCGGCAGUCGACCACCACGAUGGCGGGCUCCGCGACGCAGACGCAGAUGCGGAUGGUGCCAUCCAGCUAGCUCACGAUGCCGACGAUUCAAAGUAUUCUCCCUGGUCGUGGCGGAUGUGCCGACUGUACCUCGUCUUGUCCCUGAGCUACCUCUGUGGGUGUCUCAACGGCUACGAUGGCAGUCUGAUGGGCGGCUUGAAUGGCAUGCACUCGUAUCAGAAAUACUUCAACAUGUCCACGGCAGGUUCUAGCACUGGCCUAGUCUUUGCCAUGUACAACAUUGGCUCCGUGGCUGCCGUGUUCUUCACGGGACCCGUCAACGACUACUUCGGUCGACGCUGGGGGAUGUUUGUAGGCGCCCUGAUCGUCAUCAUCGGAACUUGCAUACAGGCACCAAGCACAUCAAACGGCCAGUUCCUCGCAGGCCGGUUCGUGUUAGGGUUCGGAGUGAGCUUUGCCUGCGUCUCGGCACCGUGCUAUGUGUCGGAAAUGGCUCAUCCCAAGUGGCGAGGCACUCUGACAGGCCUCUACAACUGCACUUGGUACAUUGGAAGCAUCAUCGCUUCUUGGGUUGUGUACGGAUGUGCCUACAUCGACAGCCUGGACGCCUGGCGCAUCCCUAUCUGGUGUCAGAUGGUCACCUCGGGCCUAGUAUGCCUGGGCGUGUUUUUCUUGCCCGAGAGCCCCAGGUGGCUCAUGGCUCAAGAUCGACACGACCAUGCCGCCAAGGUGCUUGCCACAUAUCACGGGGAGGGCCGACUCGACCACCCGCUGGUGCAGCUGCAGAUGAAGGAAAUGAUCAGCCAAAUCUCAAGUGAAGCUUCGGACAAGAAAUGGUACGACUACCACGAGCUGUGGAAUACGCACUCGGCCCGUCGCCGCCUCAUAUGCGUUAUUGGAAUGGCUGUUUUUGGCCAAAUCAGCGGCAACAGUUUAUCGUCAUACUACAUGGUCACCAUGCUCAACUCGGCCGGUAUCACCGAACAGCACAAAGUUCUCGCUCUCAACGGCAUCAACCCGGCCCUGUCAUUUUUGGGUGCCAUUUUCGGUGCUCGGAUGACCGAUGUCGUGGGCCGCCGUCCGCUGCUGCUUUACACCAUUGUCUUUGCGUCGAUUUGCUUCGCCAUCAUCACCGGCACCAGCAAGAUGGCCACGGACGACCCAACCCAGGUAGCAGCAGCUAAUACCACCAUUGCCUUCAUAUUCAUCUUUGGCAUUGUCUUCUCAUUUGGCUGGACUCCACUCCAAAGCAUGUACAUCGCCGAAACCCUGCCCACGGCAACGCGUGCUAAGGGCACAGCGGUGGGAAACUUUGCGUCUUCGGUUGCAUCAACCAUCUUGCAGUACGCCUCAGGCCCGGCGUUUGAGGGUAUCGGCUACUAUUUCUACUUGGUCUUUGUGUUCUGGGACCUGAUCGAAGGUGCAUUCAUGUACUUCUACUUUCCCGAGACCAAGGACCGCACGUUGGAGGAGCUGGAGGAGGUGUUUUCCGCACCCAAUCCUGUCAAGAAGAGUCUGCAGAAGAGGAGUGCUCAGACGGUUCUGAAUACGGUUGGCGCUGCACACGACGAAAAGCUCGCACAAGAUGCAUGA